AUCUCUCCGCUCUCGCUCUCGCUCUCUCUCUCUCCCUCCCUCCUUCCCUCUGAUGGCACUCGUCCGCGAACGCCGGCAGCUCAACCUCCGCCUCCCGCUGACGGAUCUCCCCAACCGCCGCCCGCUCUUCCCGCCGCCCCUCUCCCUCCCCCUCCCUCCCUCCGCCGCCGCCGCCGCCUCCGCCACCGCCGCCGCCGGCUCCGGCGCCGCCGCGACCUCCCUGUCCGACCUCGAGAGCCUCGGCGUCCUCGGCCACGGGAACGGCGGCACCGUCUACAAGGUCCGCCACCGGCGCACCUCCGCCGUCUACGCCCUCAAGGUCGUCCACGCCGGCUGCGACGCCACCGUCCGCCGCCAGGUCCUCCGCGAGAUGGAGAUCCUCCGCCGCACGGACUCGCCGCACGUGGUCCGGUGCCACGGCAUCUUCGAGAAGCCGAACGGCGACAUCGCGAUCCUGAUGGAGAACAUGGACGCCGGCAGCCUCCAGACGCUCCUGGAGGCCUCCGGGACCUUCUCGGAGAAGCAACUCGCCGCCGUCGCCCGCCACGUGCUGAACGGGCUCCACUACCUCCACUCCCUCAAGAUCAUCCACCGCGACAUCAAGCCGUCGAACCUGCUCGUGAACUCGGCGAUGGAGGUCAAGAUCGCCGACUUCGGGGUGAGCAAGAUCAUGUGCCGGACCCUCGACGCGUGCAACUCCUACGUCGGCACGUGCGCGUACAUGAGCCCCGAGCGGUUCGACCCGGACAGCUACGGCGGCAACUACGACGGCUAUGCCGGCGACAUCUGGAGCCUGGGGCUGACGCUGCUGGAGCUCUAUCUGGGUCACUUCCCGCUGUUGGGUCCCGGCCAGAGGCCCGACUGGGCGACGCUGAUGUGCGCGAUCUGCUUCGGGGAGCCGCCGAAGUCGCCGGACGGGUCGUCGGAGGAGUUCCGGAGCUUCGUCGAGUGCUGCCUGCAGAAGGAGUCGAGCAAGCGGUGGUCGGUGGCGGAGCUGCUGAACCACCCUUUCAUAGCCGGCGGUAAAGAUCCGGCGGGAUCCUUGUGAGGUGGAAGCACGCGGGUCGGGUUGAGGCAAAGUAUUUUACCGCUGGAAAACCCGGAAGUCGAGGCGGGCGCACGCAGAACGGGCCCGCCCGGGACAAAUCAAGUACGGGUCGGGUCGAGAUUCGCUUCGCGAUGAGUUUUUGUACAUAUAGGGCGGACUUCGGGUCGCAAAUUCGGGCGCUCUCUGUUUCUUUUUUCUUUUUCAAUGUCCUCUUUAGGAUGCUUCGGGCAGUGAAAUUGCUGUUCGAGAACUAAUGAAGGAACCUUCUUGACUAGUUCAAUUUAAA